AACGUAGCAGACUGAUGCAUGCCCCGAGUUUUUCAGGCUUCAAUCCAAUGUUAAAGAUCUAGAGAAUGUCAAUGCAGGAGGAACUCGAGAUGCUGAAGCGAGAAGUUGACAGCGCGGGAAAGGCGUCCGACUCCCGGGGAACCGGAAGCCCCACUGUGGACACCUCAGCCCUACGAGAGACAAGACGCUGCAACCUCAUCAUCAUGCCAGGCAUAUUCAUCCGAAAACUUCCGCAAUAAUGGCCGGAAGCCUCACAGAUCCGAUCGCAGCUGACGAAAUGGCUGGCACCGAGGUUCCUGCUGAGCUAUCUCCGAACACAAACAACAAACGUUCAAUUUCGAAUGCUUUUGCGGAACUGAUGGCACCCAAGGCAAAACAAGCCAAACCUAGCCCAGGAAAUCAGGGAUCUCAACGAAAAACUCAAACCUCGAAGAUAUUUUCCCGUCGGGAUGGCCUUGGGGCAUAUAUAGAAAGCCCAGACACCUUUCCUCCAUCGCGUGUCGUCUACUACAAUGAAGAAGUCGUCUGUAUCAACGAUCUCUAUCCAAAAGCAACCGUCCAUCUGCUCAUACUACCGCGCGACCCGAAAUUUCAGAUGGUCCAUCCGAUAGUUGCUCUUGAAAACCCGGGCCUGCGAGCUACACUCAAGAAAGAGGUCGCACGUGCAAAGGAGCUAGUAGCUUCAGAGCUGAAGCGCAAGUAUGGACGUGAUUCAGCCACGUCGAAAGCAUACAAUGAUGCUGUGGAUGCAUCGUUGGACGCCGAUGAUCCACCCUCGCCGUCGACUUUUCCAUCCGGUCGUGACUGGUCGCAGGAUGUCAAAGAUGGCAUCCACGCGCAUCCGUCCAUGAACCAUUUGCACGUACAUGUACUUUCUCGAGACAUGCAUUCCGAAUGUUUGAAACAUAGGAAGCACUACAACAGCUUCAACACAGAUUUCUUAGUUUCCGUGGACGCUUUCCCUUUGAAUGAAGAUGAUGAACGGAAGAAAAUGCAGGACGAAAAGUACUUGAGGAACGACUUAAUUUGCUGGCGAUGUGGUCGAAACUUUAAGGAGAAGUUUGCCAAAUUGAAAGAGCAUCUUGAGGAUGAGUGGAUGGCAUGGAAGCAAGAAUGACGAUUCAAAGCAGCAUGGAUCGUUGGAAUAAACAGAAUCGCGUUCACCAGCGCAGAAGCUGUUUCACAGAGUUGCAUCGGAGCG